AUGAGGGAAACAAAAGCAGCAUUUGUAGACAUUGGCACAGGUUAUUCAUGUGGCUUUGCAGGGAAGCUAUGGCCUUCCCACAUCCUCUCAUGCACAGCUGGUAAGCCCAUACAGAGCUUACCAACCAAAGAGAGCAACCAAAAAGACAUCAUUGUGAAGAUUCAGCUGGAGGACUAUGCCAUGCUGUUCUGGUGUCAGUGUCCAAUUAUUGAUAAGGAGAGAGAUGAUGAGAUGAAGUUUGAAGAAUCUGCUGUCCUUGUUGCCCACCAGUCCUAUUUAUCCAUGUACUCUUAUGGAAAAACCUCAGGUCUUGUGGUGGAAAGGGGCCAUGGCACUUUGCAUGCAUCUCCCCAUCCAUGA